AUGGCGACCUCACAACCCCCUCUCCGGUUCACAACUCACCACAACCUGGUAUAUCGCUUGGUCCUAUCCACUCUCACCGGCCGCACAGUCCACAUCUCGCAGAUUCGUUCGUCGUCGCCUACGAACCCAGGUCUUGCGCCUCAUGAAAUUUCUUUCCUUCGUCUCCUCGAUGCAGUCACCAAUGGCUCUCAAAUGGAGAUUUCCUAUACGGGUACCAUCCUGGUCUACAAGCCUGGUCUUAUCACAGGUAGCACAUCCGGCACUGGAGCCAGCGGCGGUAUGAUCAAUUACGAGCUUCCUGCAAACUGCAACCGCGGCCUCAGUUACUACCUUAUCCCCCUCUGUCUAUUGGCCCCCUUUUCUAAAGCACCCAUGAAGGUCCUGUUCACCGGACCAGGUGUUAUCACCUCAUCGACACCGACUGGUGACAUGUCCGUCGACAGCGUGCGGACUGCGAUUCUUCCUCUGUACAACCAAUUCGGUAUCUUCAACAACAUCGAGCUCCGUAUUCUGCGCCGGUCGAACCCCGGUCCUAAUGGCAAGGGUGGUGGUGGUGAAGUGCAGCUUGUAUUCGGUCACCAGGUCCGUCUGCCGAAGACUCUGCAUUUGAUGAAUGCGGGCCGCAUUAAGCGUGUCCGUGGUGUUGUAUACUCCGUCGGUGUGUCUGGUUCGAACAACGCUCGCAUGAUUGAGACUGCUCGUGGUAUUCUCAACCCUCUCUGCCCUGAUACAUAUGUCUUCUCGGACGUUGCGUCUGCGCCGUUGAUCCCGGCUCCGGACAAGACCAACCCCCAGGCGAAGAAGAAGAUCGGUCUUGGAUUUGGUCUGUCUUUGGUCGCGGAGUCAUCCACGGGUUGUCUCUACUCGGCCGAUGUGGCUUCUCCGCCAUCAGGUGGUCAAGCACCAGAGGAUAUUGGAAAGCAAUGUGCAUACCAGCUUUUGGAGACUGUUUCCAAGGGAGGCUGUGUGGCUCCUGCAGCUGCAGCAACCAUGAUGACCCUCAUGACAAUGGGCUCUGAGGAUGUUGGUCGUCUGCAGGUUGGCCGGGAGGUGAUCGCAGACCCGAACAUGAUCCAACUCGCCCGUGACUUGUCCACAUUCGGUGCGCCGGGCUGGGGUAUCCGUGAUGCAACAGGCGAGAAUGAAAACGGCGAUGUGAUUGUCAGCGUCGUCGGCCGUGGAAUCGGCAACGUCGGCAGAAAGGUUGCUUAA